AUGUACAAGUUCUUACCCUCAGAGUUCUGUAACUUCGAGUUCCUCCGUGUGCUCGGCACAGCUCCAACACACGGCUGUGACGUUGGAGAGUGUGUUGAUGUUGCCGCAAACAUCAAGAUCAACGAUGGCGAGAGUUGGUACCGAGCCUGGUCCGAGGCGGCAUCCAAAGCCGAGGCCGCUGCCGAGGACUGCAUCAGAGAUGGAGACAGAGUAGGGUCUCGGUGGGCCUUGUUGCGAGCCAGCAACUACAGGCGCUCCAGCGAGCUGAUGUUGCGCAAGCCUGUUCCGUCCGAAGACCCACGACGUCUCGAGGCCAUCUCACAGUCCGCCGCCCUGUUCAGAAAAGCGACUGCACUUUUUGACAGCCCUGUCGAAUUUCUAGAAAUUCCUUUCUUAGACGAGGGGGCCACUUUACCCGCUUACCUGUUUUUGCCUCCCAGGGGCCCAGAUGGCGAUGACAGUGGCAAGAUACCUGUCGUCGUCCAGGUUCAGGGCUUCGACACCAUCCAAGAGGAAUUUUACCAUUUCACCGUAGCUGGCGGCCUUCCCCGAGGUUAUGCCGUCCUAACAUUCGACGCCCCGGGGCAAGGCAUGGUCCUCCGCCGAAAGGAGCACCGGCUUCACUUGCGCGGUGACUUCGAGGUCGUGAUAAAAGCCGUCCUAGACAAACUCUGGUCCCACGCGGCAUCUUCGCCGGUGUGCAAGGACCUUGAUCUGAACAGAGUUGCUGUGUCGGGCAACUCGAUGGGCGCAUACUUUGCCCUGCGUGCUGCUGCCUUCGAGCCGACUCGGAUCAAGGCGUGCAUUGCGUCAGAUUCGUUCUACGAUCUCGGCCAGGUCGCCCGUGAUACCAUUCCAGGCUUCUUCCGCUAUCUCAAUCGCGGUGUCGUGGACAGCAUCAUGGGCCUGGCCGUCCGCUUAUCUCCAUUCCAGGUGCGGUGGGAGCUAGGGCAUGGCAUUCUUGCUUUCGGAGCCCCGACCAUAUCUGACGCUGUCGACAAAAUGGCACCGUUCACGCUCCAGAAGCCAGACGGGACGUCAAUCUGCGGUGACAUUGCCUGUCCUACGCUCGUGACGGAUGCUCCAGACACAGUCUUUCCCCUGGAUGCGCAGCGUGUCUACGACAAUCUAACACAACUCAAAGACGGUCAGAAUAAAGUCAUGUGGCGUCCUGUAGGUGUAGGUCAGGGGUCACUACAAGCCAAAGUGGCCGCGUUUUCACAUCUUCACGCUAAGACUUUCAAUUGGCUUGACACUGUGUUUGAAAUUACGAGACCUUCGCUAGAAGAUGCGGCAAGUAAAUGA